GCUUCCAAAUGUAGUAUUGACACAACUUACCCCACUCUCCCCUUCACAGUCGGAGAAAAAGAAUAUAGAAAGACAGUAUGGUGAAACGAGACCUGAAAAGAAGAGUGAAUGAGAGAUAGACAGCUCAGAGACAUGUGCAUUUUUCAAUAUUAAUCAUCUCAGUAAUAUUUUAACAGCCACUAAAAAUCCAAUUCUCGCUAUAUUGCCUAUGUCUCCUAGCGAUGAUUAUACACCCAUUGUGGUUAAACCCGCACAAUGUGUGUGUGUGUGUGUGUGUUUCUAAUGGAAGGGACUGACUGACACAUAAAGUGGGAGUGACAUAGUGUUUUACUCAACAAUGUAACACACAUACACUUCUUACUCGGGGAGCAUCUUCUGCACAUUUCUCUCAAGUUAUUUAUUUUCUCUGUCCACUUCUUUUCUUCUUCUCUCCCCUGAUGCUGGUUAUAUUGGAGAAAGGGGUGUGGAGAGGGGUGGCCGUAAAAAAAAGAUGUCAAUAUCCAAUGUCCAAAACGGAUACAUUCAGGAAAUGGAAAAAACACAGUAUUUUUUAAAAAUAGUGUUGGCAAAGUUAAUAUUGUGGCAUAUGGCAGUGCAACACAUAUUACGUUUCAUCAACUUACAGGUUAUGUCUAUUGUCAGUUUGUAAGCGCUUAGUUUUUUCUAUAAUUUGGCCAAAAUCUCAUGUUAUAAAAUAUGAAGUGCUAUGCACAGGCUAUUUAACACAGCAUUGGCUAUGAGUUUCUUGAGUAAAGAAAAUGCUGUAUUCAGACAACCAGAUUUAUAUUUACCCUUGCGUUGCAAACAAAUAGAAACGGUCCAAAAUAUGUGUGGCACUUCAUUCAAGAUCGAGGCGUGAUGGAAUUAUGAAAUUUUACCCACAGUUUGAGGGUAUUGACUGAUCUUCCAAUUUUUCUUAAACCCCCACUACCACCUCCGCCAUUAAACUUUAAAAAUGCAGAUGUGUGAAUAAGCCUGACAGGGAGCAAGAUGAGAUGAGUUACAUUGAAUUCUCAAUGGAUCUGCUACUAGACCCAGCAUUUAACCACUGGUAGCAUUAGCCUUCAAACAGACUGCAAGGGGAUGCAAUGCAAAAUCUGCAUAAAUGCAAUUAUUUGGCCUAUUUUAUGUAGAAAUAUGGCUGAUGAUAGAUAGAUAGAUAGAGCACAAUGGUCUCAGUGUCCUUCACUAAUGAGCUCUGAAAGCUAGAGAAACAGAGCCACAUACACAAUGACCUCGAAGGCACAGUGCUCCAUCCUUAACCCAAACAGAUAGAGAUGCUUUUUUUUCCAAACCAUCCACAAGUUUGUUUUUGUUUUGUUUUUAUAUAAAAUUGCGUAUUUUUAAAACCCACAUAGGCUGCUGACAUGAUAAACGAUUAACAUUUACACCACUUUACCUCAUUUAAUUAUGAUUAAGUUGGAAAAACACAACGGCUGUGUUUCAAAACCAACUGCCCUCUCGAACCAGACAGCGUAUUCGUGCGUCGCACGCGCGUUCUAAGUAGGAGUCAGUGGCGUUGAGACAGAGCCAGUGAGAGGGGCGAGGAUGAGAUGGGAUGGAGGGAGGGAGGAGUCGACCGGAUGGAAGAAUGAGGGGGCAGUGUGAGUGUGUGUGUGGAGUGUGAAAAUCUCACAGGUGUCGGAGUCAGAAGUCUAGCGCUAUACGUUGCUGUAUUAUUAAAUCUUUCGACAAAACGAACGGCAAAAGCGGAAGUUUCACUCACGCGCGAAGUAAGUAACAGUCCGCGGAAUAAAUAAGGUCAGAAGUGAGAGUGACAACUUAAUGAAGUCAUCUUACCCUAUUUGACUGGUUAAAGCAUUUAAAAUUGUAAUAUUUCUGCGUUUCACUCUGUUGUUGGAGUAAAGAGAGGAGUCUUUAUUUGCUGAAGAUGCACAUGAAUUCAUCUUUAAUUUGCUCCGGAAUUUUUUAAUGUGCUCCGGAACUCGGCAAAUUUAAGGACAGCCAUCAGAGGAAGAUUUUUAAUCCUAAAGAUCUUCCAUUAAGUCCGAAGUCAGGCGAGUUUUUCCUCCAACUCCACUGUUCACGCUGGCGGGCACCAUUCCACCUAAAGGAGAGGAGGACUUUCUAACGCUUGCUGCCUCCCGGCUCAGCCGCCGCAAGCGUGUCAUAGGAGCGGCCGUGGGUGUGGCCAUGGUUCUGAUUCUCCUGGUCACCAUCCCAUUACUAGUCCACAACACUAAAGGAGGAGGAGCCAAUGCGGGAAGCCAUUAUGAAAUGCUAGGAAGUUGUCGAAUGGUUUGUGACCCCUACACCACUCCUCAUGGCCAGGAGCUAACGGCUGUUUCACCCCCACCUCCUGAUUUUCCAAACCGGAGAGGGAAAUCUGGUUAUCGGGGACCUCCGGGGAUGCCAGGACCACCUGGUCCACCUGGAGAGCCUGGAAAGCCAGGUCCACAAGGGCCUCCGGGUCCUGGGCCUGGCGGUUAUGUGCCGUCGUUCUACAGCCCUAAGAUUGCAUUUUACGCAGGCCUGCGCAAACAACAUGAAGGAACUGAUGUGCUCAAAUUUGAUGAUGUGGUGACCAACGUUGGCAACUACUAUGAGCCCAGCACUGGAAAAUUCACAUGCCCUCUACCUGGUAUCUACUUCUUCACAUACCAUGUCCUGAUGAGAGGAGGAGAUGGGACCAGUAUGUGGGCAGACCUCAAGAAAAAUGGGCAGGUGAGGGCCAGCGCUAUUGCCCAGGAUGCUGAUCAGAAUUAUGACUACGCCUCCAACAGUGUGAUCCUGCAUUUAGACGUGGGAGAUGAGGUCUGUGUGCAACUGGAUGGAGGGAAAGUCCACGGAGGAAACACCAACAAAUACAGCACGUUCUCUGGCUUCCUCAUCUAUGCUGACUGAUCUGCUCAUGAUGCUGCUCUACACACUCAGAUGUACUGUGUACAAACACACACACACACACUCAUACAGUUACCUUCACACACUGAACAGGCUUGAAAGAAAUGGACAUGGUUUAUACUGAGUAGAAGGGCUUCACAGAUAAGAUGACAACCAAUUCCUUUCAUAAAGCAGAUUUCCAAGAUUAUACACUACUCCCAAACGUAAAUUAAAACGCAUAUAAAUAUAUGUCUAUAUCUAUCCUGAACAUUGACACACUCAUAUUUUAAUGUGUGUACUUGUUGGUGUACUUGUCUCCAUUUGUGUGUCAAUCAAAACCUUGAGAUUCCAAGUCACUCUCUGUAGUCGACAUACUUUAUGUUGAGUUGAACUGCAUUUACACAUGGCUAGACUUGAAACAAAAUCAGUGAGUAAACGUACUUUUUAUUCACUAGAUGCAGCCGUAGCUCAAUACAGGCACGUUUAUAUGCGUCCGCACACACAGAGCAGGGCUAGUGAUCAAUUGAAGUCCUCUUGUUCAAUUCAUUUGACUUAAAGUGACUGUCUUUAAUUAUAUGUGGAAUUGGAAAUACUCUACAGAAUACAGCUCAGACCGGAAUGUUAUUAUAUUGAUUUAGUCAUUAGAUUCUUGAAUAUUCAAAUUUAACCAACACAAUGUGCGAACACAAUAUGUUUUAAUCACGUAAAUAAUGUGAUUAUUUAAUUCUUUUUAAAGGGGGGGAUGUUGUACCCCUCUGUGUAAGUCUAAUAAAACAUAUUACAAUAUAAAACUUUAAAUCAAAAUUAAAAUAUUCCACUCUUGACAAUGAAUUAUGCAUUAUGUUCUAGAAUUAUUUAUAUAGAGAUUGUAGAUUUAUUGAGCGGGUACGGGUAAAACAUCUAAGAAAUAAUUUCAUUUUUGGAAUAUAUUUAAAAUGUAACACUACUGCAAUGCAUUUAAGAGAAGGUCAAUACACUUUCACAGCGAUCAAUACAUUUUUAUGUAUUAUGUUUUAGAAUAUGUUUUUAUAGAAGUUAUACAUUUAUAAAUCAAGCUUAUAUCUAUAUAUUUUUUCUGUAAUAUCAUGCACAAUAAGGUUGCUAUUUUAUGAGAAAUGAUACCCAUAGUUUGAAAGAUAUUUCUGACAAUAAUGUGUCCUCAAACGUUUUAAAUCCAGACUAAAUUUAAUUAGAACUUUAUAUAUUCAUAGCCUGUAUUGAUAAAUCUUUGUAAGAAAUCCAGCAUGAAGUAGUUGUUGACACAAGUCAAGCCAUGUGCAAAUGAUACAAAUAACAUGUCAAAAACAUUCCCUAAUCACAAACAAUUCAAUAAUAAAUCAUAUUCAAAUA